GAAAUAUAUAUUUUGUUACAUACUGAGAAUCAUUAGUAAAAUUAGUAUAUUACUUAAAACGACGUAUGACACUGUUGAAAAGUUUAUUCAAAACUAAAAGUUAUGGAACAAUUUAUUAAAACAGAAAUAAAGGCUAUCGUGGCUGAAGGUGCGUUUGGUAAAAAUUGUAACUUAGUGUCAUUAAAAGUGUAUAAUGAUAUUGAAAAAAAGGAGUGGAAGUAUAAUACAAUAUAUGGCGAUAUGGUCACAUCGGAUGAUAGUUAUUAUUCCGUUUUGAUUAAGUUAAAAAAUCGAGAUCAAAUAAUACGUGAAAGUUCUGAAUGCGAUAGAUUAUUUCAUAAUGAAUUAUACUUUUUUGAAUAUAUCAUUCCAUUCUUAUUAAAGUGUCGUGGUCCUUUGGUAAAUAAUGAAAAUGCUUUAUCAUUACCGCGGUUUUUUUAUGGCCGUAACAAAGGAGGCGAGUUAGCGGAAAAGGAUCUUAUAGUUUUCGAAAAUGAUAAUAUUUUAGGCUACCGUUUUAAUGAAGAGCAGCUAUUCAUGGAUAAGGAUCAUUUAAUCAUUGCACUUCAGGCUAUUGCAAAGUUUCACGGGCUUUCGUACAUAGCCAAACACAAAAAUGCCGACAGAUUUCGCGACAUCGUCGCCGACGUGUACGACGUGCAGUUCGACGUUAACGGUCCCUGGAUGGCACAGAACGAUCUGUUGAAGAGGAUAGGCAAACGCGGCGUGGAUCGACUGUUGGAGCGCAGCGGUGAACAGUAUUGGGAUCACGAGCAGUUGCGUCGGUUGAACGAGUUGUUCGACGACGCGGAGGGCACGCUGCGGUUGGCGUUGAGCGACCGCGAACCGCUGUCCGUCCUGUGCCACGGCGAGUAUUGCCACGGGUCCGUGAUGUUCCAGUACGACGAGUGCGGAUGUCCGUUCGACGCGCUCAUCAUGGACUUCUUCAACAUACGUUACGGGUCGCCCGCACUGGACCUGUCGUUGUUCCUGUACAAGACCACCUCGCAACGAACUCGUCAGACGCACUGGGACGAACUGUUGGACGCGUACUGUGCCUCGCUCGCGGCUGCCGUCCCGCCCGGCGUCCGUGUCCCGGAUCGCGCCGAACUGGACGCCGAAAUGGCCGAGUGUGCUAUAGUCGGUUUCGCGACCGCGUCCUUUAUGUUGUGUUACAAGCUGCGGGACUACAGCGAUCCGUUGUUGGACUCAAUGGUGGCCGACGACGACCCUGUGGAAUACUUUUUGGCGUUGGGCGGUGAUGCGGUCACCGAGUGUAUUGCCGACAUGGUACAGCACAUGAUUGACAUGGCCUACACUCAGCCUUGUAAAGCCCUAGGGUAAAAAGGUUCAUUUUUAAAAACUUUUAAUAUAAACGGUUACACCCUUUAAAAAAAUCUAUAUUUAAACGUGGUAUUUAAAAUAUUUAAAACAGCUUUAAAAAAUAUAUAAUAAAAAUAUAUAGAUUUUCAUUUUUUUUUCUAAUUUAACUUUUUAUUAUUUUUAAUUUAAUAUAACAAAAAAAAUAAUAAUAAAAAUAAAAAAUAAAUAAUAAAAAUAAUUCUAAACAAUGAUGUGCACAGUCUUAAAAAAUAAAUAUGUAAAUAUAUAUAAUAAUGAUAAUUUGAGACUUCUAUAAUAUUAUCUGUUAUUUCUGUAUAUAACUAUAUAGAAGUAGUUUGAUACAUAGAUUCUUAAAUUAUCAAUUAUAUUAUAUUGUUUAUGAAAAACAUUCAAAAUGUUGGAGAUUAAUAUAUCCUUCAAUUGAAUCACCCAUCAGCGCCAAGUAGCAGAAAUUUCAAAUGUGUCAAAAUCGAUUUUCAAAAAUCAGAAUUAAACUUCUAAAAGUGAUUUAAAUAAAUAUAAAUCAGUUCUUAGAUUAUAUAAAAAAAUUGUUACCAUGGUUAUCGAAAAUAAAAUAAUAAUAAUAAUAAAAAAAUCGGUAGGUAUUUAAAUUUUUUUUUUAUUUUUCGUACAACUUUCUUAAUUUCUUUUUAAUUAGAACCUUGUCCUGAUAAUUACGAACACAACAAAAAAAGAAUUAGCGAAAUCGGUUCAGCCGUUCACACCUGAUGUCGUGACGAAGGGAAAUAGGGAUUCAUUUUUAUAUAGAGAGAUAAAAUACAAUUUCAUCGGUUAAUUUCUUUGUUAGUAUAAUAGUAUAUAAUUUUAUUUGAAUUUGAAUUUAAUUUCUUAUAAAGUAUAUUCUAUUUUAAUUUAUAAUAAUUGGCUGUGAAAUGUUUUAUUUUAUCUAUUACUUUCUUUAUUUGUAUUGCUGUCCGCUGAUUUCAAUAAGAUAUCAAAUGUUAUUAAAUAUCAGAUAAAAUGUAUAAACCUUAAUUUUUCUUAAUACAAAUAUUGUUAAGCAAUAAGUAUACUAUCAUUAAUUAUUAAUACCUAUCUAGUAUUUCAAAUUUAUCUAUUAAUAUGCAAAAACAUUUUUUUUAACCCCAGCUAAUAUUUUUUAGGUGAAAUUUGAUAUAUAAUUGGAACGGUAUUGUAGAAUCUACAA